AUGGAGAACAACCAACACCCCUUGCUUUUAACAUAUCAGAAUGACCCAAACAAUCAUUCUUCAAAGCUUCCACAAGAUUAUCAAAACUCUGCUGAUACUUAUAAUCAAAAUAAGUCGCUUUAUUUAAUAAAUAUAGUGAAGAGCAAAACUAAUUUAUUGAUUUAUAAAACUGAGAAUGGUAGAAAAGAAAGGAAAAUUUUGAACACUCCAGAACUACUAGACUAUGGAACAUGCAUAACUCUGCUUCCUAAUGGAAAAUUAUUUUGCUAUGGUAAUAUUCCCUCAUCAAAUUCUGGGAUCACACUAACCAUUGAUAAAAAUUUCGAAAUCCAUCAACUGCCAUCUGGACCACCUUGUGGGUUGUCUUCAGGUAUCUAUUUCAGUAACAGUAUCUAUUGCUUUGGAGGAUUUAAUCAAAGCGAUCCGAAUUUUAUUAUAUCUUGAAGAUUUGAUUUGAAUGAAAAUCGAUGAAUCAAAUUAAUGCCAAUGCCAAAAGCGGAUAACCUUUGCGCUGGCGUCGUAUUUAAUAGGAAUAUUUUGAUUUCUGGAUUUCAUGAAAAAAAUCUUUUGCUGUAUUCAAUUGAUAUUGACUCUUUUUCUAGAAUUCCUUAUAAGUUUUCAGAGUUCGAUUUAAAAAUCUUGAUAAAAGAUGAAAGAAGAUUGUAUUUGAUUGGAAGAAAAUUAAUUUAUGAGAGUGACAUUGAAAGCUACACUGCUUGGAGUCAAAUUGGCUAUUCAAGAGUCAUUAAUGAUCCUAGUCAAUUUUAUUUAGCAUACAAUUUAGGAACAAUAUAUAUAGGGUGCAAUUAUUCACUUCAGAGCAGAUACUUCAAAUUUAGCCUGAAAGAGAAAAAAAUAACCGAGCUCUUUAAAUAA